AUGAAAUUUAAUGACACGGUAUUUUGGGACCAACAGGAAAUUACAGAACAAUGGGGACACUACUUUAAGAAACUAUAUACACCUACUGUUGACUCCACGUAUGACCCCAGCUGGAAGACAACUGUCGAAGAGAAAGUACGCGAAACAUUAAACAGGUCUGUACCGGAUCAAAAUGUCAAGAUUGUGCCGGAAUCGAUUACAAGUAUGUUGCAAACAUGCCCGUUGGGAAAAGCAUCUGGAGCUGAUGACAUUGCAUAUGAGCAUCUAAUAUAUGGCUGUGCGUUUGCAAUAACUAUACUGACUUCCUUGUUUACCGGUAUGCUUCGAAAUGCAUAUAUACCAGACGUAAUGAAACGUGGAAUUAUUGUGACAAUGCACAAGGGUGGGAAUAAGAGCAGGGACGAUCCUAACAACUACCGUGCAAUAACACUUACAUCAACUGUUCUUAAAUUAUUUGAAAUGGUCCUCGUAGAAAGAACAAAACCUUUUAUUUUACAAAGCUUAAGUCCACAACAAGGUGGCUUCCAGGAAAAGAUUGGCUGCUUAAUGACAUCUUUUGUGUUAAGAGAAUCCAUUUGGUUUAUCAAAGAAAAUUCUAGCAAACUUCAUAUCUGCUUUCUAGACGCAAAGCAAGCGUUUGAUCGAGUGUGA